AUGGCCAUGAGAAGCGCCAAAAAAGUAUACUUUCGUGACAAAAUCAAAGAAUGCUCACAGAGUAGGGAUGUUAAAAAGAGAUGGAAUUUGAUAAAUACUUUACUAAGCAGAAAUAAGAAAUCAUCCAAUGUUAAUGAACUUCAUAUCAAUAAUUCAGUUAUCGUAGAUAAUAAGCAAAUAGCUGAUGCCUUUAAUGAAUAUUUCGUACAGAUUAGCCCUAAGCUAGCGGCUGAAGUGUGUGACCCAACCAGUCAAUUUACAAACAGCUCGGACAUCCAAGAUUGUUCCAACAGUUAUCUUGGCCCACGCUUUGUUUUUUCUCAAAUUAAUCAAAUCAAUGUCGCCACAAGUUUAAGGCAACUUAAAGUCUCAAAAACUACGGGUAUGGAUAACAUACCUGCAAAAAUACUUAAAAUAUCAGUAGAUAUAAUAGCACCAUCAUUAACUGCCAUUUUCAACUUAUCUCUUAAUUCAUGUACUUAUAUUGAUGCAUGGAAAAAGGCUAGGAUAACACCAAUCUUUAAAUCUGAAGAUAGGCAAAAAUGUGAUAAUUACCGACCUGUCUCAAUUCUACCGAUAAUAAGUAAGAUAUUUGAGAAAAAAGUCUUUGAUCAGUUAUACGAACAUUUAUCUCAAAAUUUAUUGCUUUCCAAAUAUCAAUCAGGAUUUCGGCCAAAGCACUCAACCACGUCAGCACACAUCCAAACGUGCGACCAGUGGUUAGAGAAUAUGGUCAACGGCAUGCUAAACGGUGUUGUAUUUCUUGACAUUAGAAAAGCUUUUGACUCACUCGACCACUCUAUUCUACUAAAAAAGAUGAAUGAGCAAUUUGGAAUUUAUGGGGCUGAACUAAAAUGGUUUGAAUCUUAUCUAACAAAGAGACAACAAGUGUGUUUUGUCAAUGGUCAUACAUCGUCUCGUAGAAAAAUAACAUGUGGCACAGUCCCACAGGGCUCAAUUCUUGGUACACUAUUAUUUUUACUGUAUAUUAAUUAUAUGCCAAAGUGUUUAAAAUCUACAACCCCUUGCCCCUAA